UGUUCUGCUUGUUCUUUCCUGCUUAAUCGUCUUAAUUCAUCCAUCCAUUUGUUUUGAAAUUUGUUCAUGCAUGUUACUCUCUCAAUAGGACAAGCUCUCGGACUGAGGACUACCAACACCUAUAUAACUAUCUGCCUGGCUGGAAUCUGGCUUUAUUAGCUAGCUCAUCCAUUGAAUCUGAAUCUCUCACAUGAUCAUUUUCUUAGCCUUACUCUCCCGUAACUUUUCUCUCAGGCAACAAUAUUUAUACUCUGCUCUUGGCAACGAGACCUCUUGUAGUCUUGUGAGCCGCCUCAAAUUAAAGGUCCACUUGGAUUCUUAGUAGUAAAUUAAGCGCAUUGUUUUAAUAAAUACACGUACGCAGGAGUAUGGAGUGUCGGUCAUGCUGUACCACAGCACCUACCUAGUCGACAUCGUCAACGAGACCAUCGGCAGGGUUCUGAAGCUUGAGUCGAUACAAUCCGGUUCGGCCUGGAUCGCUGCUGACGUGCUGAUCUUCAACACCUGGCACUGGUGGACUAACACAGGAGCGAGCCAACCAUGGGAUUACAUAGAAUACGGCGGGCAGACGUACAAAGACAUGGACCGGUUGGAGGCCUUCAGCAAGGGGAUGACCACCUGGGCCAAAUGGGUCGAUUCCAACGUCAAUACUACCACAACUAAAGUCUUCUUCCAGGGCAUCUCGCCCACCCAUUACAUGGCAAAAGAGUGGGGCGAAGCGACCACAAACGGAUGUGCUAAUCAGACGGAUCCUGUGAGUGGAUCCACCUACCCGGCCGGUCCGGUUCCGGCGCAGUCGGUGGUGAAGAGUGUGUUGAGCGGGGUGUCGAAGCCGGUGUUCUUGCUCGACGUAACUCUGCUCUCUCAGCUUCGGAAGGAUGGGCAUCCAUCGGCGUACAGCGGAGUGUACUCCAGGAUGGAUUGCAGCCACUGGUGCCUCGCCGGCGUUCCGGAUACAUGGAAUCAGCUCCUGUAUGCAGCACUGACACUAUAGAAGUCCUCGGGGCGUCGUCGCUCAA